AUGACCUCCAACGUAGCUUCAAAGCGUCUCUUCCAAGAGUACAAGUCUCUCCUGACGAAUCCGCCUGAAGGGAUUUCAGCGGGGCCCGUGAACGAAGAUGACCUGUUCAUUUGGGAAGCUCUGAUACAAGGGCCUGAAGGGACACCCUAUGAGGGCGGAAUAUUUCCUGCAGAACUCAGAUUUCCUAAGGACUAUCCCCUAAAUCCACCUAAGAUGAAGUUCCUUGGUGAAAUCUGGCAUCCCAAUGUGUACACCAAUGGCGAAGUCUGUAUAUCCAUUCUCCAUCCCCCCGGAGACGACCCCAAUCAUUAUGAGAGCGCUUCAGAGAGAUGGUCACCCAUCCAGAGCGUGGAAAAAAUCCUGAUAUCUGUCAUGUCUAUGUUGGCUGAGCCCAACGAUGAAAGUCCUGCGAAUGUGGAAGCUGCAAAGAUGUGGAGGGACCGACGUCUGGAGUUUGAAAAGAAGGUUCGAGAAGGAGUAAGACGGUCACUAGGCCUUUGA